AUGAAAGAGAGUUAUAUCAAGCUUGCCAUUAUUACGACGAAAGAAAAAGCAGGCAAAGAAGAUGAUAAAAAAACAAAAAACAACGAAAAACACGCCCAAGGACAGCAAGCUAGCAAUAAAUCGGAUCCGCAUACGAUGAGUACACACGAACAAAUAUUUGGAGAGAAAAUAAGCAUUGACGUCAAAGAUAUCUUUCAAGAAUGUAAAGAUAAAGUUAAGAAAGUAGUAGUUCUGGGAAGGCCCGGUGUUGGAAAAUCGACUUUUUGUCAAUAUGUCACUUAUCGAUGGGCAAAUCAGGAGAUUUGGUCCGAAUAUGCUCUGGUGCUCCUUAUUCGUCUACGAUUACUCAAUGCUGGGACCGGAAUUCGUGGAAACAUGCCCUUUUCCGAUUUGUUAGCUAAAACACAUCUCGGAGCUUUACGUUUGAACGAUAGACAAAGAGAGAAAUUCAAUAAUCUUUGCGACCAAGGCAGAGUGCUGUGGAUGUUAGAUGGAUACGAUGAAUAUUCAGUGGACAAAUCAAACAAAAAUAAUUCGCUUUUCGAUGCUUUACUAAAGAAUCAAUCCUAUAUAGUUACGUCACGUCCGAUGGCGAAUAUAUCAAUACCCUGCGAAACUAGACUAGAAAUAACCGGUUUCACAGACGAAAAUAAAGAAAAGUUUAUUCAGAAUUUCUUUGAUACUGGAGCUGAAAAUUCACGUAUUAGUGAUACAAUGGUAGGAAAAGUAUUGGAUGACCUUCGCGCAAAUCCUACCAUCUGGAGUAUAGCCCAAAUUCCAGUGAAUUUAGAAUUAAUAUGCAGCCUUUGGCAAGAUCAAAGUAUCUCAUACUCCAGUUUAUCGACCAUAUCUGAUCUUUAUGAAAAAAUACUAACGUGGUUAUGUCGGAGAUAUCUCAUAGAGCAGCAUGACACAGCGCAUGAAAAUCUUCGUGACUCAGAAGUACUCGCAAAAUGUAAAACUCUAUUGAAAAUAAUGGAAUCAUUGGCUUUCGAAGCAAUGGAAGCAAACAAGAUCAUUAUCACCUCGGAAUUAAUCGAGAAAUCAUUAGAUGAAACAAGAACUACGCGUUCUGAUCUCAACAAAAUCGUUAAGCUUGGCCUUCUACAAUUUUAUGAUGACAAAUCUGAUGAAAGUGGAGGCAACAAAGAACUGCAGUACUACUUCGUACAUUUGAGUUUCCAAGAGUUUUUUACCGCUCGUCAUAUGAUCAACAAUCUCAACACUGAUAGGUGCGAAGCUGCAAUUGAUUUCAUUAAGAAGCAUAAAUACGAGCAACGCUUCUCUUUGGUAUUUACUUUUGCUGCAGGUCUUGUGUCGAAUUCAGAAUAUGAGACUACUUUUUCAUUUAAAAAACCAGUAAAAUCAGUUGUAACAACAUUCUGGAAUGCAAUUGAAAGUGAACCGGUAGAUAUAAUCGGUUUACGGCAUAUUAAACUAUUGAUGGAAUGUAUCGAUGAAUACGGCAGUUUUCCACCGACGAAUAAACCUGAGUCAUCAUACAUAGAAGAAAUUACGAGUUGGUUGAAGUUUUGUCUUCAAAAACGUCCAAUAAUCAUAACAGAACACCUUCGAAGCUCCUUCCAACGGAUGCGAUUCCUACCGAAUCUGGAUUUUGUUCAGAAAACAUUGAUACAUUUAUAUAAAAAGGAAGAUAAAUAUGUCCAAGAAAAUACCAGUCUACUUAUGUCUUCGUUACACGUAUCCAAACCCCUACCAGAUUAUCUUGCUACACUCGUCGAAGCAGUGAAACAUAAUAAUAAAACAGUGCGCCUGAACGCAUGUAAAGCUCUUAGAAAUAUGGAUGAUAUAUCAGCAACCGACGAGGUCAUUGGAGCUCUUAUUCAGGUCGCAACACUCCAUGAUCAAGAUUCUAAUAUAAGUCAGAGCUCAGUUGAGGCCCUUAGUCGAAUAGGGAGAGUGGCAAAUAGAGCAGACGUUGCUAAUGCAUUGAUCAACUUGACUACACAUGCGGAUAAAAAUGUCCAGAAGAGUGCUUGCAGAGGACUUGUGAGGAUUAGCGAAAGAGCAGUCACUGAAGACAUGUUUGAUGCUCUUGUAAAAUUGAUUCACUAUGAAGAUCCUGACAUCGCAAAUGAGGUUCGAGCACGUCUGAAGAAGAUGGGAUGUGGCAGUUUAAACAAGAACGUGAUGGAAGCGAUCGUGAGAACAGCGGAAAAGUGCGAGAAUGGAUCGUUUGAUGAGACAUGCACACAACUUUUGGAUAUGGAAUUGGAAACAGCACCCGGAGCGAUUGUCGACGCUUUACUUCUAGAUAUGCAUGAAAAGUUUUCUUCCGUGGCACACUGUAGCUGGGAAUACUUCUUGGAAACAGGUCAAAAAGUAGUCGAUGAGUACAGAAUUGAAGAACUCGUUAAAGAAGGCAAAGGAGAAGAGAAACGUUCAAAAGCGUGUGGAGCUCUCCUUGCGAUGACCGAUUUUCCAGACACUGACCGCGUAAUCAAGCAGCUUUGUGAAGCAAUUGAAGGAUCAAAUAUCACACUAAGCACGAUCGCAUGUGGGAUGCUUGGAAAAAUAGGCAGGCGCGCAGCAAUUAAAGAUUUGGUCAGAGUCUUUAUAAAUGCUACUGGAGAAAAACCGUUUUCGUUUACACAAGUAGUACAGCGAGAUCCUAUUCCAAUAACUAAUGAAAUAGAUAUCACCAGCUUUUUUGGAACUUUGGUAAAAUCUGCUACAGAAACACGCACUACCAUCAGCGAGAUUGCAUUCAAAAGGCUCGGUUACAUGGAAAAGUCACGAGAUAUGCAAGAUGUCAUUGAGGCACUGAUGAAAGCCACUGCAAAAGAUAAUACUGCUGUACGAUGUGCAGCAUAUGAAGGGCUAGGGAAAUUUGCUGAGGCAACAACGAUAAAAAAUUUAAUUGAGUGUCUUACAAGAGCAACUGAAUAUUCGGACAAAGAGUAUGGCAUUAAAAAAGUCAUCGAAGAUACCACAUCUCAAGACUCUAAUAUCAGAGAGAAGGCCAAACCUACUGUUUCUGGGCAAGGUGAUGCUCCUGAGAAUGAGAAAAUUCUCGAAAUCCUGAUUCAAGCAGCAGACGCAUCAGACGUCGCUGUGAACCGCAUCGCUUGCCAGGCACUCGGAAAGAUAAGCGAAAGAGCAGGCGCUGAAAGCAUGAUUAGACUUGUGACGAAUGCCGACGGAUACGGGAACUGGGAAAAAUUUACAACGGACUUUCGAAAAGUCUCCGCAAUGAUGGACGGCGCGGAUACUACAAAAAUAAUAGGAGUUCUGGUGAGAGCACUUGAAAAUGCAGACGCUGAUGUCAGACAAAUAGCUUGUCAAGCCUUCAAGAAACUUGGUGAACGAGCAGCCAAAGCAUAUGUACUAAAAAGGCUCGUCAAGGCAACUAAAGACCAAGACUUCGAAGUCCGACGGGACGCAUGUCUAGCUCUAGGCAACGUAUUUGAGGGGGCAACCACUGAAAAUAUGAUUGAAGCACUCACUCAGGCAACUCAAGAUAAGACUUACAUAGUUCGACGGGGAGCGUACGAGGCACUUGCGAGCCUCGGUCAUAUUACAGGGACAGAAAAUCUUAUCCAAAUAUUUCUCAAAGAGAUAAACAAUGAAGAUGCAAGAGUGAGACAGAGUGCUUGUGAACUUCUUGGGAAAGUCGAUCACAGAACUACCUCAGAAGAUGUCAUGACAGCAAUCAUUAAGGCAUCACAAGAUCCCGAGUCUGCUGUCCGCAAUGCUGCUUGCAAAGCUCUUGGGAAGACCUGUGCAGAAACAGGCAGCGAAAAGGUUAUUAAGGCUCUAUUAGAUGCCACCAAUGAAGGAAGCAACUCUGUGAGGCGAACUGCCUGUGAAGCACUAGCGAAGGUGUCUAAAAUGCCAGUGUCCGAACAACUGAUGAAAUUAUUCGAAAAAUUAAUUAACGAUCCGGAUUCACUUGGUCGGAAAACUGCUUGUAAAGCUGUUGCAGAUAAAUUGCAGCGCCCAGCUGUCACAUCACCGAUUGACCGUAUUAAACAAUAUAUUGCAUAUCCAAAUUCCGAUUUUCGAAGGACUGUUUGCGAAGUAAUAUGCAAACAAUAUGAUUCCAAUGCGAUUCAAAACAUCGUUGAGGUACUAACGAGUGCUGUCAAUGAUCGUAACCACAACGUUCGCUAUGCCAUAUGUGAGACCUUCAAGAUCUUGCAUAAGAAGGUGAACAGAGAGCAAGUGUUUGAAGCUAUCACACCACUUCUUGGAGAUUCUAAGAUGACGAUCAGAGAAGCGGCAUGUGAAUUGUCGAAGGAAAUGUCUCAAGAAAAUGAUGUUAUCUUGGGCUUAUUGAUAAACGCCGCCGAACACCGCAGUGCUGUUGUGCGAGAAAGCGUAUGCAAGACCCUCGGUAUGAUGGAUGAAAACUAUCUUAACAAACAAAUCAUUGAAGUCCUGGCGAAAGCAACACAAGAUUACACUGAACAAGUGCGGCAGGCGUCGACGCAUGCAUUUUUGAAGAUGGACCAGAAACAAUCUUACAACGAAAUGAUACCAACGUUACUGGAGCUUAUAAAGAAUCUUGAUAACAACGUGAUCAGACGUGGAACCUGCAAGGUAUUUGGAUUGUUGAGGAAGGAAGUGUGCCGUCCAGAUGUAAUUAAGGCGUUAAUGUCGGCACUUUAUGACAAAGAUUGGCUAGUCAGAAAAGGUGCGAGACAGACACUUGUAAUAAUGGGUGAAACAGCGCUAGACAGAAAAGCGCUGGAAGAAAUCGUCGAAAAACUUGGAGAUCCAAAUAAAAAUAUCAGGACGUUUGCAUGGGAAUCAGUCUCAAAAAUGUGUGAAGAAACAGUGAAUUGCACAAUGAUUCAAGUACUUGUCAAAGCUGUUAAAAAUGAAGGCAAAACUCCCGACGCCAGAAAAUGUGCUUGCGAAGCUCUCAGUAUACUGGGAAACAAAGCAGCUACUAAAUAUGUCAUUGACGCGCUCAUUCAGCUGGCAUGCUAUGGGCAUCCUGACUUGCAGGACAGUGCCUGUGAGUCUCUUGCACAAAUUAGUAAUGGAGAUACUACUACGAAUGUAGUCGAUUCUCUCCUAACUGCUCUAGCCCAAGAUGAAGAGAAAGAUGAAGAGAAAGAUGAAGAGAGGCCACCGACGAGUCCUGAGAAAAUCAUGAGAUUGAUGUGUGCAAGAUUUAACAGUAGGAUGGACAUUACAAAGUUCAUCGCUGGUCUCGCAAAUGACUCAUACAAAGUAAAGCAGUUCGCUUGCACUGCAUUAGCUAUCAUUGCUGAGAAGCAUGAACUAAACAAAAAGGUAGAGACCCUUCUGAUCAAAGAAUUGCACCAUGAACAACCUGAAGUACGACGAAGUGCAUGCACUGCUUUAGCUAGCAUCGCGAAGAAUUCUACUUCGUCUAGCUAUACUCAGCAGCAACCAAAAGUGACACCAAUGCAAGAAGCACUUCUAGCGGCAAUCGAAGAUGAACACCAUGAAGUAAGGUCUGCUGCCUGUACAGGAAUUGGAAAUACAAUCAAACAAGGACAUCCUGAAAUAGUCACCGCUGCUCUACAGAAAGCACUGCAAGACAAACAUAAUCAAGUGAAGAUAGCAGCUUGUCACGCUUGUUCCAGCCUACCUGAAGACAAAAUAGCGGAUCACCUGAUGAAAACCGUUGUGAAAUGCAUGGAAAAGGGUGAUCUAAAAGUACGAAAGGCAGCUUCAGAAACAAUAACCAAGAUAGAAAAGUUCGCAAGCAAAAAUUUUCUACUUAACACGUUGAGACGAAUGCUAGCUGACGUAGAUGAAAAGAUUAGUCUCCUAGCAUGCUCCACAAUCGAGAAGCUCUCAUAUAGGAUUCGUGACGAUAGCAUAGCAAUCGCACUGGCGAAAAAAACUACACAAACAGACGACCCCCGUAAAGAAAAUGCAUUCAGUGCACUUUGCGCGAUCAGUUUCUCUUCAACACACCACGACAUAAUUGCCGUGAUACAGAACCAAC